CUAAGGUUUAGAUAUGUGAUCCUGGAGGAUAUCUCCACUGGGAAGGCUGAUGUGGGAAGAACCAGACAUGGGUGUUACAUGUUCUGCUGAAAGAGAUGAGUUAUGAAGUCUCCAUGGUUUUGACCGCAUUCCAGAGUUUGGCUGAAGAGGGACCUAUACCUCCCCACCCAUUUGUGUAGGGGAGCCCUACACAAGGGCUCAGCCCUCAAACAGUCAUUGUAGGGCAGGCAUCUAAUACCUACCAUAUACCUGCCACAAACCUGAAAGCUGCCCAGGACUUGGAAAGCCUUUCAUUUUAUUGAUCAUGGCUCCUCCCAUGAAUUCCAGGGGCAAAGGGCCUUUGUUCCCAUUCUAACGCAGAGAGAUAGUUCCCUAGUUCCCCAAUCCCUUGACUUUCUGAAGUUUCCUACCUGACCUAAUUUCUGUCCACCCUCCUUUAUUCUUUCCCUUGCUUUCUUCCCCACCCUUCCUCCCCCUACUACCUCCUUCCUCUCUCACUGACCAAAUGCAAUUCUUGAAUCUUAGAUUUUGCUGAUGGUCGAGUUUUUUGUCUCCCACACUUUUCCUGCUUCUGUUGUGCUGCUUUGCUAGAUCUGGUUCUCAACCUCUUAUCUGUCUUGCAUUCUCACCGCUUGCCCUCCCCCUUCCCUGCAUACCCCCACCUUUUGUUCUCAGAGUCAAGUAAAUCCCUGCAGAGGUAUAUUUUACUCUUUAAGGUAUUGCCUCCAUUUCCAGUGUAGAGGUGGAACUAAAUCCCAAAGUCCUAAUUCCCAGUCCCUUCUUUUCCAACAAUUUCACCAAACUUGAUUUGCUUUUGCCCAGAUUCCAAGGCCUUGCACCCCUUUCCUGCCCAGCCAGUUCUAAUUUAAGGAGUAGCCAGAUUACAAACGACAAUAAUAAAAGGGAACACAUUAGUCUUUCUACAAAGAUGGACCCCCAGAUCCAGUGUGCUUGUGGGGUUUGUUACAGUUUGGAUUUUUUGGCAGGAAAGGGAAGUCAGAGGUGGUUGUCUACAAGUCUCAGCAGAUAAUCCCCCCAGGUUCUAGUAAACUGGCCCCUUCUCCCAAUCCAGGUCUCAUGAACAUGGAAGACCCCACCACCACCACGAUCCCAGACUCCGAGCUCCUUGUUGGUCCUAGCCACUGAGCCUCCCAGUACUUCCCACUCUGAGCUCUUGGCUGUAAUUGGAUUCAGGCUGAAACAACCACGUCCCCAACCAGGAAAGGAGGCGGGGGCGGAGGAGAGGCUGUGGGGAGAAGGGAGGGACCAUAGAAGAGAGCGAGAGAGGGAUCCCGACCCAGUUCGCCGACUAAGCAGAAGAAAGAUCAAAAAACGGAAAAAGAGGAGAAGAGCAAACAGGCACUUUCAAGAACAAUCCUCUCAACUCCAACACGACUGCGCUCUAGGAAUCCAAAAUCAGUGCCUACAGAAGACAAAGGCACCCCGAGGGAGUGGCGGCGCGACCCCAGGGCGUGGGCCCCGCCGCGGAGCCCGCACGGCCCCGCUGCUGCCCCGACGGUCGCAAACCAUGUCUCCCGCCCCACGAUCCUCCCGCGGUCUCCUGCUCCCCCUGCUCACGCUCGGCACCGCACUCGCCUCCCUCGGCUCGGCCCAGAGCAGCAGCUUCAGCCCCGAAGCCUGGCUACAGCAGUAUGGCUACCUGCCUCCUGGGGACCUACGUACCCACACACAGCGCUCACCCCAGUCACUGUCAGCUGCCAUCGCUGCCAUGCAGAGGUUCUACGGUUUGCGAGUGACAGGCAAGGCUGAUGCAGACACCAUGAAGGCCAUGAGGCGCCCCCGAUGUGGUGUUCCAGACAAGUUUGGGGCUGAGAUCAAGGCCAAUGUCCGAAGGAAGCGCUAUGCCAUCCAGGGUCUCAAAUGGCAGCACAAUGAGAUCACUUUCUGCAUCCAGAAUUACACCCCCAAGGUGGGCGAGUAUGCCACAUUCGAGGCCAUUCGCAAGGCAUUCCGUGUGUGGGAGAGUGCCACACCACUGCGCUUCCGUGAGGUGCCCUAUGCCUACAUCCGCGAGGGCCAUGAGAAGCAGGCCGACAUCAUGAUCUUCUUUGCCGAGGGCUUCCAUGGCGACAGCACGCCCUUCGAUGGCGAGGGCGGCUUCCUGGCCCACGCCUACUUUCCGGGCCCCAACAUUGGAGGGGACACCCACUUUGACUCUGCUGAGCCGUGGACUGUCCGGAAUGAGGAUCUGAAUGGGAAUGACAUCUUCCUAGUGGCUGUGCAUGAGCUGGGUCACGCCUUGGGCCUCGAGCAUUCCAGUGACCCCUCGGCCAUCAUGGCACCCUUUUACCAGUGGAUGGACACAGAGAACUUCGUGCUCCCUGAUGACGACCGCCGGGGCAUCCAGCAACUUUAUGGGAGUGAGUCAGGAUCCCCCACCAAGAUGCCCCCUCAACCCAGGACCACCUCCCGGCCCUCUGUCCCUGAUAAGCCCAAAAACCCCACCUAUGGGCCCAACAUCUGUGACGGGAACUUUGACACCGUGGCUGUGCUCCGAGGGGAGAUGUUUGUCUUCAAGGAGCGCUGGUUCUGGCGGGUGAGGAAUAACCAGGUGAUGGAUGGAUACCCCAUGCCCAUUGGCCAGUUCUGGCGGGGCCUGCCCGCAUCCAUCAACACUGCCUAUGAGAGGAAGGAUGGCAAAUUUGUCUUCUUCAAAGGAGAUAAGCAUUGGGUGUUUGACGAGGCGUCCCUGGAACCUGGCUACCCCAAGCACAUCAAGGAGCUGGGCCGAGGACUGCCUACUGACAAGAUUGAUGCCGCUCUCUUCUGGAUGCCCAACGGAAAGACCUACUUCUUCCGGGGAAACAAGUACUACCGAUUCAACGAGGAGCUCAGAGCAGUGGACAGCGAGUACCCCAAAAACAUCAAAGUCUGGGAAGGAAUCCCUGAGUCUCCCAAAGGGUCAUUCAUGGGCAGCGAUGAAGUCUUCACUUACUUCUACAAGGGGAACAAAUACUGGAAAUUCAACAACCAGAAGCUGAAGGUAGAGCCGGGCUACCCCAAGUCAGCCCUGCGGGACUGGAUGGGCUGCCCAUCGGGGGGCCGGCCAGACGAGGGGACUGAGGAGGAGACAGAGGUGAUCAUCAUCGAGGUGGACGAGGAGGGCAGCGGGGCAGUAAGCGCGGCGGCCGUGGUGCUGCCUGUGCUGCUGCUGCUCCUGGUGCUGGCGGUGGGCCUCGCGGUCUUCUUCUUCAGACGCCACGGGACCCCCAAGCGACUGCUCUACUGCCAGCGUUCCCUGCUGGACAAGGUCUGACCCCCACCGCCGGCCCGCCCACUCCUACCACGAGGACUGUGCCUCUGAAGGCCAGUGGCAGCAGGUGGUGGUGGGUGGGCUGCUCCCACGUCCCGAGCCCCCUCCCCCCAGCCUCCCGUCUUCUCUCUGUCCCCUGGCUAGCCUCUCCCACCCUCACCCCUGGCAGUGCGUCUUCCCUAGAUGGGACCUCUGAGGGCUGGGCGGGAGGACGCCCCUUCCAGCCUCUGCACCUCAGGGGAAUCCCAUAGCUUGGUGUGUGUCCAGCCCCAUCUGAAUGUCUUGGGGGCUCUGCACUUGAAGGCAGGACCCUCAGACCUCGCUGGUAAAGGUCAAAUGGGGUCAUCUGCUCCUUUUCCAUCCCCUGACAUACCUUAAACCUCUGAACUCUGACCUCAGGAGGAUCUGGGCACUCCAGCCCCGAAAGCCCCAGGUGUACCCAAUUGGCAGCCUCCCACUACUCUUUCUGGCUAAAAGGAAUCUAAUCUUCUUGGGGAGUGGAGACCCUGAGAAAGGUGAGGGUGUGGGGACUGCCCAGUCACCCUGAGACCGUGGGGGGAAAACUCAGAGAGGGUCUUCGUUGCUUGGUUGGUCAAGUUCCUCAAAGAUCUGCCUCUGCUAUGCCUACCCCGGAGAACUUCCAAGGAAGGAGCCUGAGCCAUUAAGGACUAAAGUGGGGCUGAAGAAACCUGUAGCAGCCCUACCCCUCUCGAAUGUUAACUUUGCAUGGGGCUUUCUCAGUUGGAAGAGCUGAAACCAGGGGCACAGCCGCCAGGGUGAGGUGGGGCCGAGGGCAGAGGCCCAGGUCAGGGCCUGGGGGUGAGCCUGAAGGCCACGGAGAAGGAACCUUGCUCAUCUGAGCUAGCCGGGGCUGGGGCCCAAGGACAGAGCAGCCAGAGGGGACGGGAUGGGACCAAAAGGGGAAAUGAGGAAGUGCAGCAGCAGUGAGGGGGGGGCAGGGCGGGCCAGGCCAAGCCAAGCAGAGGUGCACAGGGUGGGCCGUGGUGCCCAGAGGAGAUACGUUGUUUGGAGCUCUCAGGAAGGGCCCUGAGGAAGGCACACUUGCUCCUCUUGGUCCCCGUCCUUGCUGACCAAGUAGCACGGCGGGAAGGGUGGGCAGCGCAGAGAAAGGAGCAGAGGGCAUGCAUGCAGGGACUCGGGACGCAGGGCCCUCGUGGGAGAGGCCCCCAGAGGCCUGGCGGUGCUCAGUCUCAGCCUGCCUGGCCACCUCUGUGAGGGCAGGAGCCUGCUUAGGCCCACACUCCCCUGAUGCCACACAGCUCGGCCUGCCCUGCCUCUCCCCCCACCCAGCCCACCCGUUUGAAGUCUCCUUCGGCCACCAAAGGUGGUGGUCACGGUACUGGGGACUUGGGAGAGUGAGACCCUGUGGAGGCAGCGAGAGGAAAGGGAUGUCAGGGGGGUGGGGCACGGGGUGGGGAAAAUGGGGUGAACGGUGCUGGCAGUUCGGCUAAAUUUCUGUCUUGUUUGUUUUUUUAUUUUGUUUAAUGUAUAUUUUUAUUAUAAUUAUUAUAUAUGAAUUCCAUUCAAAUUGUUCCUUUUUGUUAACAAGGGGCAUGGGUAGGGGUGGGGGCGGGGGGCAGAGGCAUCUGACCCCAGGAACCUGCAGGGCGGGGCUGGGUCGGUGGCCUCUGAGGACAUUUUUGACCUUGUUCAACCUUUCCACAAAGAAUAAACUGUGUUUCACA